CCAGGAAGCAAAAGAUUUCCCCACUUAGUUACAAUGCUCGGUGCGGACACAGCAGAGCUAUUUUUAAAACAGUUUUAGCUUCUUUUUUUUGUACAUUUUGCCCUUUUAAUUGGAGCAGACAUACAACUAAGAGCCGUUAGAGGGUGAGUUCGGAGGAAAAUGGGGAAAAAGAAGGAGGACAGUCCGGACUCCGGCUACGGGGAGCCUGCCCAGUUUGACCCAAACUUCAAUGGACCUAUACGCAAAAGAGGAUGCACGGAUAUUAUCUGCUGUAUUUUGUUUAUGGCCGUCAUCCUGGGCUACAUAGGAAUAGGAAUUUUAGCCUGGCUCUACGGAGAUCCUAGACAUGUCCUCUAUCCAAGGAAUUCAACUGGGUGGUUCUGUGGUGUUGGACCAAACAAAGAUCGACCGAACCUGUUUUACUUUGAUAUCCUAAAAUGUGCCACAUCUGUCAAUGUGAUGGCAACCGCCCUGAACGGUUUCCAGUGCCCAACCACACAGAUUUGUGUAAAAACGUGUCCCGAAGAGUUCUGGGCUGUUGGACCUCUGGACUACAUAAAGAAACCGAAAGAAGUAUUUGAGCAAAAUAUAUGUGUUCCAUCAAUUGACCUGGAAACAACCAACUUUACUGUUGCAGAAAUUGUGAACAAAGAGCUGUGUCCUUUUUUCUUCAUGCCCACAACCCCAGCAUUGGGUAGAUGUUUCCCUGACAUCCAAGCACUUGGUAAUAUCCCUGAUGCAUUUUCCAAAGUCCCAGGUUUGCCCUCUUCAAUUAACGAGACAUCAAACCUCAUCAAGAACGGCACCGGCUCAGGGGACAUAUUAAAUGGCUUCAGUGCUAGGGACGUUGGUAUCCGGAUCUUCGAAGACUUUGCAUCGGCCUGGCCAUGGAUUCUUCUUGGUUUAGUGAUAGCCAUGUUGGUCAGUCUGCUGUUCCUGCUGCUGCUGAGGUUCACGGCUCCAGUGAUGGUGUGGCUGCUCAUCAUAGCACUCCUGGGAGCUGGUGCUUAUGGGAUAUGGCACUGCUACUGGGAAUAUGAUAACUACAAACAAACUUCUGCAACCAUCCACGAUGUCGGUUUUACAACAGACUUUAAGGUCUAUCUGCAAGUUCAAGAGACCUGGCUAGCCUUUUUGAUAAUACUUUCUGUGGUGGAGGCCAUCAUUCUCCUGACCCUCAUCUUCCUCAGAACCAGAAUCCUGAUAGCGAUUGCUCUUAUUCAGGAGUCAAGCAAAGCAAUUGGUCACAUGAUGUCUUCGCUGACGUACCCUCUGGUCACAUUUGUUCUGCUGCUGGUGUGUGUUGCCUACUGGGGAGCCACUGCUGUAUACUUGGCAACUUCAGGAGAGCCCGUCUACAAAGUUGUGGCUUUAAAUUCCACCAUUACUGGCUGUGAGACUAUCAACGGCACUGUGACCUGUGACCCUCAGACUUUCAACUCAUCAGAAUACUCUGCAUGCCCUUCAGCCAGCUGCAUCUUUAUCAACUACAACGAGGAGGGUCUCUUCCAGAGGAACAUGUUCAACCUGCAGAUUUACAAUGCUGUUGCUUUCCUGUGGUGUGUGAACUUUGUCAUCGCCCUGGGGCAGUGCACGCUGGCGGGGGCCUUCGCCUCCUAUUACUGGGCCUACAACAAACCAGGCGACAUCCCCACAUUUCCAGUCUGUGCCAGCUUUAUGCGUGCUAUCAGGUACCAUGUGGGCUCUCUAGCAUUUGGUGCUUUAAUCCUGACUCUGGUUCAAAUUGUGAGGAUUAUACUUGAGUACAUCGACCACAAGACUAAGUCGGCACAAAAUCCUUGUGCACGUUUCUUACUGUGCUGCUUGAAGUGCUGCUUCUGGUGUCUGGAGAAGUUCAUAAAGUUCCUCAACAGGAAUGCCUACAUUAUGAUUGCUGUUUAUGGGAAGAACUUCUGUGUCUCUGCCAAAAAUGCUUUCAGUCUGCUCAUGAGAAAUAUCAUAAGGGUGGUGGUCCUCGAUAAAGUGACUGACAUUCUGCUGUUCUUUGGAAAACUGCUUGUGGUCGGUGGAGUAGGUGUUUUGUCGUUCUUUUUCUUCUCUGGUCGGAUUCAGCUCCCAGGCAACACAUUUCGCUCUGAAAAUCUGAACUACUACUGGAUGCCUAUUAUUACCGUGGUGUUUGGCAGCUAUCUCGUAGCCCAUGGUUUCUUCAGCGUGUACAACAUGUGUGUUGACACUCUCUUCCUCUGCUUCUUGGAAGACUUGGAGCGUAAUGACGGAUCCCUGCAGAAGCCUUACUAUAUGUCCAAAAACCUCAUGAAGAUUCUCAACAAAUCCAACAAACAGGCAAAAUGAC